AUGGCAAUUCCAAGAUUUCACUCUAUGCACAGAUGCAGAAGAUGGUAUAAGAGUGACUGCCUUGCCGCAACCGGAUUCGUCUUGAUCAUAUUUUCUUUCCUUGUCUUCGUUGAUUCCACUUCGAACUCGGUCCCAUCCGUUGACCAUAGUGAUAUGGUCAACUUGACAUUGUCACAUAAAGCUAAAGAGAGAGGAGCAUUUUGCUUGGAUGGAAGCUUGCCUGGUUACCACUUUCACAAGGGAUCGGGAUGUGGCUCCACAAGCUGGCUUCUUUUCUUGGAGGGUGGAGCCUGGUGUAACUCUAUAGAGUCCUGUUUUUCUCGAGCAACGACUAGCUUAGGUUCUUCCAACUACUUUGAACAUGAAGUCACCAUUGAAGGCAUUUUAAGCAGUGACCCAUCUCAAAACCCUGACUUCUAUAACUGGAAUAGAGUUAAGAUACGGUAUUGUGAUGGUGCUUCAUUUGCUGGGAACCCUGGAGCUGAAUUCAAGAAUGAAACACGGCUUUUCUUCCGGGGCCAGCUGAUUUGGGAGGCAAUUAUGGAUGAACUGUUGUCAAUGGGCCUGUCACAUGCAAAACAGGCCAUUCUCACAGGAUGUUCUGCUGGUGGCUUGGCAACUCUUAUACAUUGUGACUACUUUAGAGAUCAUCUGCCAAAAGAUGCAUCUGUCAAAUGUGUUUCCGAUGGAGGCUAUUUUCUCAAUGUGCCCGAUAUUCUUGGAAACUCGACAAUGAGAUCUUUCUAUCAUGAUGUUGUUAGCCUCCAGGGCGUACAAACGAGCUUGGAUCAGAAUUGUGUAGCCAAAACAGAGCCAUCUAAGUGUAUGUUUCCUCAAGAAUUCCUUAAAAACAUAAGAACUCCGGUCUUUCUUAUCAACCCGGCCUACGAUUAUUGGCAGAUACAAAAUGUCUUGGUACCAGCGUAUACGGAUCCAGAUCAAAGAUGGGAAAAUUGCCUACUCAAUCUUCAGGACUGUGAUGCUGCACAGAUGAAAGUUCUACAUGGUUUCCGCAAUUCUCUGAUGGAUGCGAUGGGCGAAUUUCGUCAGAAGAAAGAUGGUGGGAUGUUCAUUAAUUCUUGCUAUUCUCAUUGCCAGACACUUACGAAAGACUUAUGGCACUCCCCAUCCUCAGUAAGAAUCGAAAAUAAGACAAUCGCAGAGUCUGUAGGUGAUUGGUACUUCAACCGAACACCAGUGAAGCUAGUUGAUGGUUUGUAUCCAUGCAAUACCUCUUGUUGA